AUGCAGCCAGCACCCAGGGCCUCGCAGGUUGACGGCCUAACUUCUCUUUCCUUUCCCCUACACUGCACUGCCAAACAUGGCGAACCAGUAUUAGCUACACGACUCUCCGAACUGUCCACCAUCCAAGUUCUCGUCAUUGAAGCCGGUGAAGACCUCAUGAAAGAUGCUAGAGUCAUAAUUCCCGCUUUGGCGCCCACUCUAACCGGCACAUCCGCUGAUUGGGCAACUCAAACUUCCUCGCAGCUAACCUUCUCUCAAUCUCAAGCAUCUUUGCGGGGCCGUCAGCUGUUUCACCCUCUAGGGCGCACUCUUGGGGGUUCUAGCGCUCUUAACUCUCAUACUUUCACUCCGACGUCGAAAGCAAAUGUCGACGCCUGGGCUAGCCUCGGUAAUGAUGGUUGGGACUGGGAAAGCUUUUCCAAGUCUAUCGACAACUCCUACACCUUAGCUAAGUCUCCCUGGAAGACUGAAGCACGUGGACCUCUGCAACUGAGUGUCGCCGAUGAGGAGACCAGAUGGCCACAAGUAUGGAGGGAAGCGAUCUCUAAACUUGGGUAUCCGGUUUCCGGAAAUCCCUUCUCUGGCCAAUUCCAAGGAGCCCUGGUAACUCCGGAGAGUAUCGACCCUGAUACCAAGGAAAGAAGCUUUGCUGGAUCCGCGUACCUUUCCCUCGCUCAAUCUCGCCAGAAUCUCACCAUAUGGACCCAGGCAUCCGUAGACAAAGUACUUUUCAACAAGCCAAUCGACCAAGGAGACCCUGUGGCAACCGGUGUCCAGAUUACAAGAGAUGGGAAAACCGAAGUGGUACGAGCCCGAAAGGAGGUCAUCAUAAGCGCUGGCGCACUUCAUUCGCCCAAGAUCCUCGAACUUUCUGGCAUUGGAGACGCGACACUUCUGCGCUCUCUCGGGAUUGAUGUCAUCGUUGAUAACCCACACGUCGGCGAGAAUCUCCAAAACCACCCGAUAUGCAGCGUAACCUUCCAGGUUUCUCCACAGGACGGCUUUCAAACGAUCGAUAGUCUUGUGCGACAGGACCCUGACACUUUGGCGUCUGCGAUGGAAGCCUACGGAAAAGAUCGCACCGGGCCUUUCGCAAGAAGCGGUAUUGAUCUUAUGGCGCAGCUUCCCUUGCCCAAUCUUGAAGGUCCGAAGGGUUCGCGCGAACUCGACCUUGUGUUGCAUGACCCUAAAUACGAAGAUCGUGACCUUGGGAAAACCACCACUGCCUUCGCGGAAGCGCAUCGAUCUUUCGUGAACUCAAUCCUUGCCUCCCCGACCGGUAGGUCUGCGGAAUACAUAACCUGUCCUGGAUAUGCAGUCUAUGGACCGGAUGGGAAGAUGACGGCCAUUCCACCGGGUACCGAGAGGUACUUCUCCGCUGCGGUAUUCCUCUCGCUUCCCCUCUCGCGCGGCUCAGUCCACAUCACUUCAUCAGGCCUCGAUAUAGACCCCAAGUACUUCUCCCACCCGCUGGAUGCGGAGAUGCUGGCCCGCCAUGUCCAGCAAUUAGAGACUAUCAUGAAUACCGACCCAUUCCCCAAGCAUCUGAAACUCGAUGGUGUGCGAAAUCCGGUUGUCCCUCCACCUGGAAGUCUGUCGGAUCUCGAUAACGCAAGGGCAUUCGUGCUAAGCUCCACAGCUGCAGCGCAUCACUUUACGGGAGCUUGUUCAAUGAUGCCUCGUGAGACUGGUGGUGUCGUCGACGCACAAUUACGAGUGUAUGGCUGUCGCAAUUUGCGCGUGCGCGACGCGAGUAUCAUCCUAAUCAUUCCCGGAGCUAGUCCGCAGGCGACUGUGUAUGGUGUCGCUGAGCAUGGUGCAAGAAUCAUUAAGUCGGCUCUAUGAUUGCUGUUACUAAACUUGGGAGUGUGAGAUAGGGUUUAGGAUGCCUCGAGAUGCCGGGACUUUUUGAGAUUGAGCUACAAGAAUCCUCGAUAAAUUGAGUGCAAUCAAGAAACUACCCUUUUCAUACAUCGACUGAUGAGUGAUCGCAGCCAUAAGAUGUACCUGAUCACUCUUUACCAUCUUCCGAGGCACCAUAUAUGUAAGACAGAACCGACAACGCUCAAUGAAAAAAAAAAAAAUAGAUAAUUCAAUUGUUCGCUGACUCUGUCCAAUGUCUGUAUUCGUGUCAUUUCCCAACAUAAGGAGUUAGGGCGUUAAACCCGUCGGACGGUCGGACGUACCGUUCACAUUAUUAACAUAAGAAUGCCGAAAACAAACACAUACUCUGCUCUAACACGUAGCCUCGAGAUGUCUCCCUCAGAUACCCCAGAUACAGCUAGUCAUGGUUGAACAAGACAAAUCCCCAUCGUCCAACGGUGACCCAAGUCAAUCCGUAAAAAGUGUCAAGUAUGUCAUAAAUAUUCAUAACUUGACUUGGCUUGCAUAAGUCAAUUAUACGUGAUUACUUGACUUGAUUGACUUAUUGACACUGCUGCUGUCCGCUCUAAGAGCCCCCGAGUUUCGGAGCCGUCCGACAAUCAUAAGAAUCACGGCAUCGGUUCCCACUUUGCUGCUUCGCUAACUCGGGACUAAAAGAAUGGCCAAGAUCUUAUUUC